AUGAAUGCGAGGUGGAUCCAGGCAGGCGACCGUUGCUAGGGUUUUCCCCUUCUUCCCUUCCUUUGUCUCCACCGUUCUUGUCUUUUGCUUCCUCUAUAUAUCUAUAACUGCCAAUCUCCAGACAAGCAGCAGCCCAACGCAUACCCACACAGAAGAGAGAGAAAGUGAGAGAAGUCGACUGUUCUUCUAUUUCCUCCUCUCUCUUCUUCUAUUUCCUCCUCUCUUCCUUUUGAGCUUCAAAUUUUUGGGUAAACCAUUUUUGAUUUAUUUCCGGUUUCAAGAAUUCAUCCGCCAUGACUGUCGAGACUGUAGCUGCCACCCAGAUGGCCAAUGAUGUUGCAGCCCCUCAGGAAGAGGCCAAGAAGGUGGUCGAAGAGACCAAGGAGGUGAUCGGCCAAGGCCGCGAGGCGCAGGUGCAGGACGAGGAGGCCGACCCCAAAGCCGUGGAGAAGAGCUCCUCCUACCGGGAGGAGAGCAACUUCCUCUCCGACCUCAAGGAGUUCGAGAGGAAGGCCCUGACCGAGCUCCGGUCCAAGCUCGAGGAGGCCAUCCUCGGGCACGCUCUCUUCGAGAAGCCCGAGGAGAAGAAGAAGAAGAAGAGCAAGAAGGAGGAGGACGAAGCGCCGCGCAAUGAGAAUAGUGCCGAGAAGGAAAAGCCCGAGGAGGAGGCCGAGAAGGAGGUGGGCCGCGACGGCGAGGAGGCGAAACAGGAGGAGGAGGAGAAGAAAGAAGAGGAAGAGGGAAAAUGUGUCCAAGUGGACAGGGAGAUCGCCCUCUGGGGAGUCCCGCUCCUUCCGAGCAAAGGUGCAGAGGAGACCAAUGUGGUCCUGCUCAAGUUCUUGAGGGCCAGAGAGUUCAAGGUGAACGAGGCCUUCGAGAUGCUCAAGAAGACCCUCCAGUGGAGGAAGGAGUUCGGCAUCGAUUCGGCCCUUGGCGAGGUCUUCGACCCAGAAUUGAGCUCGGCCGGGUACCUGGACGGGACCGACCGCGAAGGUCACCCGGUUUGCUACAAUCUCUAUGGGGCGUUCGGGGACGAGGGGCUCUACCAGAAGGCGUUCGGGACCGAGGAGAACCGCAGCCGGUUCCUGAGGUGGAGGUUCCAGCUGAUGGAGCAGGGCAUCAAGAAGCUCGACCUGAAGCCCGGCGGCGUGUCCUCGCUGCUUCAGAUCAACGACCUGAAGAACUCGCCGGGGCCGGGGAAGAAGGAGCUCCGGAUCACGACCCAGCGCGCCAUCGGCCUCUUGCAGGACAAUUAUCCAGAGCUCGUGGCAAGGAAUAUAUUCAUCAACGUUCCUUUCUGGUACUAUGCGCUCAAUGCCCUCAUCUCCCCUUUCUUAACCCAACGAACCAAGAGCAAAUUCCUCGUCAGUCGCCCCGGCAAGGCCACCAAAACCUUGCUCAAGUACAUCCCGGCUGAGGAGAUACCAGUUCGGUACGGCGGAUUCAAGAGGGAGAAGGAUUUUGAGUUCUCGAGCGAGGAUGGUCCCGUGUCGGAGCUCACCGUCAAGGCUGGAUCGACCGAAACCAUUGUGCUACCGGCCGAGGAGACCGGAAACACAUUGCUUUGGGACCUCACGGUGCUGGGCUGGGAGGUGAGAUACAAGGAAGAGUUUGUGCCGAGCGACGAGGGGUCGUACACAGUCAUUGUUCAGAAGGGAAAGAAGAUGGCGCCGAGCGAGGGGCCGAUCCGCAACACGUUCCGGAACAACGAGCCCGGGAAGGUCGUGCUCACCAUCGAGAACGUUACCGCCAAGAAGAAGAGGGUUCUGUACCGGUACAAGAACAAGAAGUGCUCCAGCUUCUGAGGUUUGAAAGAGACUCAGGUGGAGAUUCGUCACAUGUUUUUGGUUUCAAUGAGAGGAUUUGUCAUGUACUUAAUGUUUUUUUUGGCUUGAAAUUUGAGGGGAGUGAUUCUUACAGCGAGGCUAGAGAACAAAAGCUAGGUAGUAGUCUUUUAAGCUUGUUUUUUCUUUGUUCUUUUAGAGUCGCCAGAUUCAAGUUUGCAAUCGUUGGUGGGUGUGUGCAUAGUGCUAUUGAAGUUUCCAUUCUUUUGCUUAGACUGAAUAAACUGUUGAUUCAUAUUUCCUUGAA